AUGGCCAACUCAAGCAUCCCCGUGGCAUCCUGCCUCCCCACCGGCUAUCAGAACGAUCCCCUCCCCAUUGGGAAGUACUACCCAUCCAACUACGAAAUGGUCGAACCUACUGGUGAUAGCCAGUCUUCGAGCGCCGGAACCUCAUCGAUCGCCUCGCCCAGCGCGACCAACACCACCCCGCGCUCCUCCGACCUGAUAGGAGGACGCUGCUCCCCGACCACCGUUGACACCCUCGACCCCGAGUCCCGUCGCAGGAUGCAGCUCCAGCAGUACCAGCGCGACAUGAUGGCCCGCGCCUCGAUGGCAGCCAGCGGCAUUGCCGGAUCCGCAUCACCACCAUCAUCCGCUGCUGACUCCCACCCCCAACUCACGGCUUCUGGCAGCAGUACUCGAAGCCUCGUCGCCAUGUCGGCAGUCGAUUUCCGCUUCGGUUCCCCCACAUCCCACAGACCUAAUUCUCCCCGUCUGCAUCCACUGGGCAGUCCUGGGCCCGUGACGCCAAUGGAGCUUGAGGCCGACGGGAGUGCUACGACCGGCAACGGCUACCUCGAUAGCAGGGGGAACAUAGGGCGUACUUUUCAACAAAGUCUAGGGUCUAGUAGUGCUAAACGAAUCUCGCCGCGACCGACAUAG